AUGAUCAUUGAGAGUCAGGCACAUGGCUUAAACUUCGAACAUAGCCCGCCGGACCGUCUCAGAGAUUUAAUCGAGAACCCACUAAAACUGGUUUUUCCUGAUUCGACAGAGCCUAAAGAUCAUGCAGACAAGACAACAGGCGCGUCUAAUGCCGCCAGGCCAAUCAAGGCACAGCCCUGGAACUUCAAGUACUCAAAUGGGGUGGAGAUCACGAUGUUUGAUCUUCGCCAAUCCCACCAGCACGGAAAUCUGCAGGAAGUGCAGCGAAGAAAGCUUCAGAAAAAGAGUCCAGACCUCUUGGCCGUCGCCACCCACAACGUAGAAAUCAAUACGGGGUUCCGAGGCCUGUCAAUCAGGAGUCGGCGUAUUUUUGACAGGGAUGUCCGUGGAAGCCUAUAUGGGUAUAGCGACAAUCAUCUCAACAGAACCGUGAUCCAUCCAUCCGUUUACUUUUUGGUGGACUGCUACCCUACCCUAGGGAUUCCGAAAGCUCUUGGUCAUAUCAUGUGGGAUCUUGAAUCAUUUAAGGACUAUUGCCAUUGUAUCUCUCAAAAUCUAGAGGAGAUAUUCGACCCUUGGCGACUCGGAUUCUUGUCGUCCACGUGUUGCCGCAUUCUAAUAUGUGGCAAUACGGGUGUUGGCAAGUCUACGCUGUUGAACAGAGUGUUUGGCAUUGAGAUGACGCAAGAGAAUUCAGACCAGCGAGGGAGCCACAACAUUAACGAAGCAUUCGAAUCAGACCAGCAUCCAGGCAUUAUUAUUCACGACUCCGAAGGCUUCCAGACCGGUAAUAGUAAUGAAGUCUCUGCCUUCAAAAAUUUUCUCAAGGCAAGAUCAGGAAACUUACUCAAUCAGGACAACCUGCAUGUCAUUUGGCUCUGUAUUGACACCGAUACUGACCGCCCUGUGCAGUCGGCUCUUGCAAAUGUUUUACAAGAAGUCGUAGAAAUUGCUCCCCAAACUCCAGUUAUGAUAGUAGGAACAAAAAAGGACAAAUUCAUUCUGCUCAAUCAACAUCGUCAAGACGCGGCGACAUUACUUUCCGAUCGAGAAGCGAUGUUCAGGCGGAGAUUCGAGGUGGAGCCGGAUACGGCUUCAUUCUGGCCUGCGCUGAGAACCAACUUUGCAUUCGUUUCCCAAGAUGACCCGGAGUCAAUCAAAACGUUGAUCAACCUCACCAGAGGAUUUUUUAGCAGUCCAGAGGUAUCAGAGGCAAUGUGUGCUGCGCAAGUCCCGGAUGUGGAUGCAAAGAUUGAGCAGGCUGUGGAAAAAACAUUAACAUUUCUCAAGGCGACCAUUACCGCAGCGGGUGCUGGGUUGGGUACUGGAGUGAUCUCUGCAGCCACCACCCCCACCAUUUCUAAGAUCCUUUGUAAGGAAAUUGCGCAAGGAUGCUUUGGUCUUCCAGAAGCAAUCCUCGACGACAUCAACACAGUCUUAGCUCGUGUAGUAUGGAGUAACCUUGGGCCAUUUAUGGCCCAGGCCCUCAGCCAAACUUUUGUUAUUUGGGGUGGUGCUCUAUGCUUGACUUGCACUACAGUUGUCGGUGGAAUUCCCCUUGCUCUGGGUGCGCCGCUACUCGAGGCCCCAGUUGCUGCGCGGAUGAUUUUCAAAUGCGCUUGCGAUCUUAUUCUCAUUCUGGACCAAGGAUUUCGGGAGACAGGCAAGACGAUCAACCGACAAAAAAUCGAAAGCAUCGCCGCUGCGUAUAACAAGAGCAAGGUGUCGAUUCAAAAAGAUGGCACAUUAGUGCUGAUGCUUCGGAAGAACGUUGUACACGAAAGGAUCAAUGAAUUAGUUCCAAGAAUAUCAAGGCAAGCCUACGAGGCACAUGCAAAAGGGAGCCUUUUCAAGUAUCGCCAAGGUCUAAGGGACAUAUUGUUUAGGUACAGGUUAGGAGAAAGCCAAGCGGGGCAUCUAGGACUAGAUAAUGACAGUUUGAUUGGCAUGAGUAGCACUGCUCAAUCUGCUACACAUCUUUCAGAGGACGAAAACGAUAUGAAGCAGUUCAAGGGGGAAGAUAUUUAA